AAUUGUAAACAUCUCUUGAUCGGGAGAGGAACAGAGAGAGGGUGAAUGAAAGAUUUAAAACUCUUUGACUAGCUGGAAUGGAUAAUUCGAAAGGUAAAUGAUCAGUUAGCUAUGCAGAAAUAAUCUUAUUUAAAUCUUCUAUACGUUUCUUUUUCUAAUUGAAAAAGUUACAACUUUUAAACAAAAAUGCUUUUCUUCCUCUUCUCUUUUCUUUUUUUCAAUAACCUAACUCUGUAAAUUAAUCAGACGACAAUGUUACGAUCAAGGGAGGAGGAGGCAGUCUUGGAUGUUGCGGUGUAAGUCUACAGUAUAAUUAUCUAAUUAUUCUAUUCCUUCUUCAGCUAUAACUUAAAUGAAUAAUUCUUUUCCCGCUACUAGAUAAUCCUGAAAGGAAUUUCACUCCUUCUUAUCUUUUUAACUUUUCCAAUUUCAAUAUUCAUGUGCGUAAAGCUCGUACAGGAAUACGAAAGAGCGGUUAUGUUUAGACUUGGAAGAGUUCUUUCCGGGUCUAGAGGACCCGGAAUAUUCUUUAUUAUACCCUGUUUGGAUCAUUUUGUCAAAGUUGAUUUGCGUACGGUUUCCUUUGACGUUCCACCUCAAGAGAUUCUAACAAAGGAUUCGGUAACAAUUGCGGUUGAUGCAGUUGUUUAUUAUAAAAUUUCGAAUCCAAUGAUUUCCGUAGUGAAUGUGGAAGAUUGUUCCAGAUCAACUCGCCUUUUAGCCCAAACAACAUUAAGAAAUAUUUUAGGAACAAAAACGCUAAGCGAUAUUCUAACAGAAAGGGAAACAGUAGCGAAUAAUAUGCAGAUUGUCCUUGAUGAGGGUACUGAUCCAUGGGGUGUUAAAGUUGAAAGGGUUGAAAUUAAGGAUGUACGACUACCUGUUCAACUACAAAGGGCUAUGGCGGCAGAGGCAGAAGCGACCAGGGACGCUAGAGCAAAGGUUAUCGCGGCGGAAGGUGAACAAAACGCCUCUAGAGCAUUGAAAGAAGCAGCCGAUGUUAUAAACGAGGCUACGGGAGCUCUCCAACUCCGAUAUCUUCAAACUCUAACGCAAAUAUCAGCAGAAAAGAAUUCCACCAUCAUAUUCCCUCUACCGAUUGUUGAGCCUGAACCUGAGCCUGAUCCUGAACCUGAGCCUGAUCCUGAACCUGAGCCUGAUCCUGAACCUGAGCCUGAUCCUGAACCUGAGCUUCCCAUAGUUGUUGUUUCCGCAGGAGAAGACGUUGUUUCGGCUGGAGCAGACGUUGUUUUGACUGGAGUAGACGUUGUUUCGACUGGAGGCGUUGGCACUGGUUUGGUUCCGCACGGUGGAGGAACCUGA